CUCUCUCUCAGCUAUGUGGGACGGAAGCGCAUGCAGCUGGAGCGUCCUGAGCAGGCCGUGGUGGGUGUGCCAAACCUGGUAGAGGCCGAUUACUCGUACUGGACUCUGGGCUACGCACUCUCCCAACAGGGGGCGCUGAAGCUGCUGCGGGCGGAUCCCUUGGGGAAGAUGCUGCCCGUCGACGAAUUCCUGCCCAUCAUGUUCAACAAGCACCCCGUUAAGAAGUACAUGGAGCACUUUGAGCCAAGGGAGCUGCUGGCAUUCUCCGCAGAGCCCCUGCUGCUGUUUCCCACUCACUACACGGGGGACGCGGGCUACGUGAGCGACACGGAGACCUCCACCAUCUGGGACAACGAGGGGGUGGAGACGGACUGGGACCGGCAGCACUCUCAGCGCUCACGCAAGGCCCGGCAGCAGGGCCACAUCAGCAGCGCGGGGCAGAACCACGUGGACAGCGCAGGGGCCACGGCGAGGGACGAGUUGUGAGGGGCCCCCCAACCCUGCUGUUCUGAGACAGGGCUGAGCUGUGAAUGUGAUGUGUUUACAGCUGCCCCGCAAACUGACUGUUCAAUUGUAAUCUUCAUCUGAAAUUUAUUUCAUUUAAAGGGGGGGGGGGGGGG